AUGCUAGUUCUCAGGUUGCUCAAUGUUGUCGCUCCAGCCUACUUCUUGUGCAUCUCCCUAGUGACCUUCGUCCUCCAGAUCCUUCUCUUCAUCCCCAGCAUGUUCAGAGACCCUUCCACCACCUCACUACUCUCUCCUGCUCUGCUGCAUGGGGCCCUCUUCCUCUUCCUCUCAGCUAAUGCCCUGGGCAACUACAUCCUUGUGAUCCAGAACUCCCCCGAGGAUUUGGGCAAGGGCUUAAACUUGGGCAAAGGAGCUGAAGUGGUGGCGGACUGGCUGGAUGGAAGCAGGUCCCCUGGCUCAGCCUUGCCCAGCACUCACUUCUGUAGACUGUGUGCCAGAGUCACCCAGAGGCAUGACCACCACUGUUUCUUCACAGGGAACUGCAUCGGGAGCAGGAACAUGCGAAACUUCAUUAUGUUCUGCCUCUACACCUCCCUGGCUUGCCUCGACUCCCUGGUGGCAGGCAUGGCUUACAUUUCUGCUACACUCUCCAUGUCCUUUGCGGACCCACUGGCCUUCCUCACUCUUCUGCCUCACUCCAUCAGCCAGUUCUUCUCAGGAGCUCUCCUUAGCUCUGAGAUGUUUGUCAUCCUCAUGCUCUACCUCUGGCUUGGGAUUGGACUGGCCUGCGCUGGCUUCUGCUGCCACCAGAUGCUGCUGAUCCUGCGUGGGCAGACACGGUACCAGGUGCGGAAAGGGAUGGUGGUAAGAGCCCGGCCCUGGAGGGAGAACCUGCAAGAGGUCUUUGGCAAGAAGUGGCUUCUAGGACUUCUCAUCCCUGUGCUGGACGUGGGAAGUGACUACUGUAGGCAGAAAGAAAAAUGAAAUCCCUCUGCGUCUGUAUGCAUGCCAUGCACGCAACACCUCCCCUGUUCUCUCCCACUGUCUCCUGGAUCACUAAAGAGCUGGGCUACUCCAUCUCUCGGGCUUGCAGCCACUGUGGGAGAAAGGGGUGGGCUAUCAA